AUGUGUUACAUUACUUGUCGCAUAUUUAUUUGGGUCUAUGUCUGUACAGUGUUACCAGUCAUUUUUGCCUUUCUCUGGCCUCAUAUUACUUCGCGUAUCAUCCUUAUUGCUCGCGGUGUUAUCUCAAACAUUUUCGAAUUAUUGUUUUAUGAUAUCGGAUCAUGUUCUACAGUUUCGAAUUCGAAAAUAAAUCAUCACUUUCUUAUGUUGGCGCUGGACAUGUUACUUUCUUUUGCAUAUUUGCGAUUUUUUUUCACGAAGUUUACGUUCCGUCUCUUGCUAUUGUGCUUUUAG